AUGUCAAUGGCGUCAAUGUGUUCUGCCCUCCUGGGUUCAUUGCUUUUCAUUCUGCUCGUGUUACCUGACCAUGUCACCGCUCGCCAUAAGCCAAAGUUCAGACCUGGCCCUUGGAAGCAUGCUCAUGCCACAUUCUACGAAGGCGGCUCUGGAUCAUUUGGUGGUGCUUGUGGUUACCACGACGUCGUUCAAGAAGGCUAUGGCCUCGACACGGUGGCUUUGAGCGACACCUUGUUCAACAAUGGGCAGUCGUGUGGUGCAUGUUACGAUAUCCAAUGUGUGGACUCCCCACAAUGGUGCAAGCCCGGGCAGCCAACUCUUCAUGUUACAGCAACCAACCAUUGCCCCCCGAAUUAUAACCUUCCCAGUGACAAUGGAGGUUGGUGCAAUGCACCACGUGAGCACUUCGAUAUAGCCAAGCCGGUGUUCCUCAACAUUGCCGAGUACAAGGCUGGCAUAGUACCAAUCAUAUACCGCAGGGUUCCGUGCCAAAAGAGAGGAGGCAUCCGAUUCACGAUAACCGGGAAUGCUUACUUCAAUGAAGUGUUGGUGUGGAACGUGGGAGGUGCCGGAGAUGUGAUAAGCGUGCAAGUGAAGGGCCAUGACAAGCUCAAAUGGACAACGAUGAAGCGAAUGUGGGGUCAGAGGUGGAUUACUGAUGCCAAGUUGGUUGGGGAGUCUCUGACCUUCAGGGUUGAAGCAAGUGAUAAAAGACGCUCAACUUCAUGGCAUAUAGCCCCUCAGAACUGGCAGUUUGGCCAGACCUUUGAAGGCAAGAACUUCCGAUAG